AUGAGUAAUAGUAGUUUCAGUUGGAAAGGGGGCUGGCACCCCAAGGGCAAGGACGGCUCCUCAAAAGAGAGCUGGCGUGGGGACUUCAAAGGCAUCAAUCAAGUGGCUGGCUGGAUGGGCAAGGGCAGAGACCCCUCAGACGCUGAAUCAGCUAAAGAGCACGUCUCCCGGCCGAUCUCCUCCUUGAAGGAUCCAACCUCCUUUGGGCCCCCUCCAAGACAUAUCAACUACCAUGGCCCGGCUGCACUUCCCAACCAAACUACCCCGGAUACACGAGGCCUGGGAGCUCCGUUGUCGCAAGAGCAGAUCCGGCAGGAGCAGAUCCGGCAGCAGGAAGAAGCAUUGGCGGAAGAGGAAGAGAGCGAGAAGCCCAAGCCACCCCCAGUGCCGUACCGAGUCAACACCACGGGUUUGUCUACGGAUCACCUUCCGCCACCACCGGCUCGGCGAGUUGAUUCACCCAACUCGUCAUCCUCUGGCCUACCAUCGAGCGCGAAGCCGAAGCCGAAGCCUCCUCAACUCCCUCCACGCCUUCCCUCCCGCACUGCUCCCCCGCCAUCGCAAAUCCCUUCUCCACCUCCUGCUUACUCCUCGGACCCACCAUCACCAUCCAAGGGAUAUCUCAACCAGGAAGCCACGGCGCGACUCGCCAAUGCCGGCGUUUCAGUCCCUGCGCUAGGUAUCGGAGAUAACUCAGAAUCAUCUCCUGCAGCCAGCCGCAAUCCUCCAGUAAAUGAGCUUCAAUCUCGGUUCUCACAGCUGCACACCAAUUCCGAUUCCCCAUCUGCGGUUUCCGCAACUCCAGCAUCUCCUCCGCCAGUCCGGGCUCCAUAUUCUGGGACCGCAGAGCUAGCCCCAUUGCCUGGGUUCCGUGAUCGCCAUGCAGACAAAAUUGACAUGGGAAAGCAGAAACUAGGAGCAUUGACUUCGCGGCUCAAUACCUUUGUAGAGGAUCAGAAAUUUUCUGCAAAUGCAAACAAGCGAAUACCCCGGCCGCCCGGUCCCAAUUCCCCAGCUUCCCCGGCGAGAGCAUCUCCCUCGAAUACAUCGAUUGAGACGCAGGCCCAGCGCAAGAAGCCUCCGCCCCCGCCGCCCAAGAAGGCUGAAAUUCGCGCGAUGCCUGCAGCCAACGGUUCUGCUUCCCCAGAGUCAGCCUCAACACCACCUCCGAUUCCUUUCGGCACCAAACCCCGCUGA